GAGGUUUAAAAAUAACUGAUUUGGGGGGAGGAUCUCUGCCGGAAGUGUGCAGCUGGAUAAGCUGGAGUGGAAAGGGGCAGCCAUGUUGGAUGUGGGGGAGGGGACUGGCCUGAGACAGGACCACUGGGGCUGAGAGUUGUGAGAGGGUUGGGGCAGCUGCUGCCCCUGUGGUCUGACGACAUGUACCGAGGCAGAGCCUUAAGGCCCACUGAGGGGGCGGCAGGAUUGUCUAACCUGGGGUGCAUGGGAGAGAGGGAGCCAGAAUGACUUCAUCCCUUAGGUCUGACCUGGCCUGGAACCAGAUGAGGGAGGAGUGGCUCCUUCCCCUCUCUGAGCAUGGGUGCCUGUCCUGGGGGUCUCUUUUUGUACACAACCAGACAACUACUCUGUUGCAAGUAGCAAGCUGCCCACCCAGGGAGGGAUGGGGCCCUGGCAUCGGCAGCAUUGCCAACAGGCCUCUGGGUGUGGGACCCAGGCGAUGAGGUUGUGGCUGGGGACACUGCUCACAAUGAGGUGCUGCCAACUCAGUCCAUCGAUCAGGAAACCACCCGGUUCUUCCCAACCUCAAACUAAGUGAAAGAAAUCUUUCUGUGUGUUUCCCCAUCCCUCUCUCUCUUCCCAGUUUCUCUAAAAAUACCAGGGCUCCUGUGUUUGUUCCCUAUUCCAGUUGUAACAAAUUACUUCAAACCGAGUGACUUAAAGCAACAUACAUUUAAUAUCUUACAGUUCUAAAGACCCCAACAGAGGUCUCACUGGCUAAAAUCAAGGUGUGGGCUGGUCUGCAUUCCUCAAGGGGGGUUUAGGGGAAAAUCCAUCUCCUUACCUUUUCCACCUUCCACAGGGCACCUGCAUUGUGUGGCUAUGGCCCUGCAUUCCGACCUCUGCUUCCUCUCACUUUCCCCACUCUGACUCACCUGCCUUCUUCUUUUGCUUAGGAGGACCUUUGUUCCACCGCCACCCUUCAGAAUGGCCAACAGAGGACCUGCCUAUGGCCUGAGCCGGGAGGUGCAGCAGAAGAUUGAGAAACAGUACGAUGCAGACCUGGAGCAGAUCCUGAUCCAGUGGAUCACCACCCAGUGCCGCAAGGACGUGGGCCGGCCUCAGCCUGGGCGUGAGAACUUCCAGAACUGGCUCAAGGAUGGCACGGUGCUGUGUGAGCUCAUUAACGGACUGUACCCUGUGGGCCAGGCCCCAGUGAAGAAGAUUCAGUCCUCCACCAUGGCCUUCAAGCAGAUGGAGCAGAUCUCCCAGUUCCUGCAAGCCGCCGAGCGCUACGGCAUCAACACCACCGACAUCUUCCAGACUGUGGACCUCUGGGAAGGAAAGAACAUGGCCUGUGUGCAGCGGACGCUGAUGAACCUGGGCGGGCUGGCAGUAGCCCGGGAUGAUGGGCUUUUCUCUGGGGAUCCCAACUGGUUUCCUAAGAAGUCCAAGGAGAACCCUCGGAACUUCUCCGACAACCAGCUGCAAGAGGGCAAGAAUGUGAUUGGGUUACAGAUGGGCACCAACCGUGGGGCGUCUCAGGCAGGCAUGACUGGCUAUGGGAUGCCACGCCAGAUCCUCUGAUCCACCCCAGCCCUGCUCCUGCCCUUCCUUGGAUGGUUACUAUUUUAGCAGUUACAUUCCCCAAGAGUCCCCGGGAGCCCUCAAGCUCCCCUCUGCCAGGGUAGGGGCCUGGCUUAGCGUAUCUCUGGGGGUGCCCAAUGGUGGCCUCUCCCCCUGUGCUUACUAAUACAUUCCCUUUUCCAAACCCACAAAAACUGGACCAACUGGCUUCUUUUUCCCUGGGACCAAAAUUUAGGGCCUCUUCCUCCUCCUCCGUACCUCUUCUCCCCCGAUCUCUGUGCCCUGAAUCCAUUCCUUGGCUGGGGAUCAGCAACAUUGCCUUUGGGCCUGCCUUCCACAAAUAUGCCUCCCCCACAGCUGUGGUUGCAGGGACUUAAUUUAUAGGGAGGGGUCUGUGGCAGCUGCCACCCCUGCCACAGCUGGACUGGGCUCACCACACAUUGGAGGCAGCUUGCCCUGGCAGAGGCCCUCUUGGCUUCUCAUUUUCCAUUCCCCUCGCUGUGGCUAAGGGGUGGGGUGAGGGGAGAGGGGGCUGCCCACUGUGGGCUGGGGCCUGAAGAAUCCGAGUGUGCUGAUUUAAAUAAAGAAUAUCCCUUUUUUUGGAUGGACUCUGGCUGUGUCUGGGGCCACGGAGCCCAGUGUUGGAGAGGGAAUAUGGGGGGAGUGCAGUGACUGAAGAACAUGGUGGGGGGGGUUGAGAUGAAGGGUUGCAGUCCUCACCCCCCUCUCUGAUUCCCUUCUCCAUCUUUCUCUCUUGGUUUAGGUGAGGGUAGGUUGGGGUUGAAGGGACAGGUCCUCUCAGUUCCUCUUGGGCUAGGAGCCAUAAUGCAGGACAUGUGGGCACUGUCCACAGGGAGUGGCCCUUCACCUAGCCAGGGAGUUGGGC